CGUAUUUCAAACUGAGAAAACUAUAUAGAACUCUGAACACAGAGCAAAAACCAGCAAACAAAAUGUCUGAGGAGGUGAAGCUUUUGGGUGUAUGGGGGAGCCCUUUCAGCCGAAGAGUCGAGCUUGCCUUGAGACUAAAGGGAGUUCCUUAUGAUUAUAUCGAAGAGGAUCUUUUGAACAAGAGCAGUUUGCUUCUUGAGUCUAAUCCAGUGUGCAAGCAGGUUCCUGUGCUCAUCCACGGAGAAAAGACAGUAGUCGAGUCUCUGAUCAUAAUCGAAUACAUCGAAGAUACAUGGAGUACUGCAUAUUCUCUGCUGCGCAAGGAUCCAAUAGAGAGAGCACAAGCGCGAUUUUUAACAAAGUUCAUCGAUGAAAAGUGCCUCCCUGCAGUAUGGAGGUCAUGCUGGAGCCAAGGAGAAGCUCAGAAGAAUUUCAUGGAGGAAUCAAAGAAGAACCUGAGAAUUCUUGAGGAUGAGCUCAAAGGGAAGAAAUUCUUUGGAGGAGAAUCCAUUGGAUUACCUGAUCUCGCGGCAAAUUUCUUGACAAUUUGGACUGAUGUCCUCCAAGAAAUUGCUGGGAUUUGUGUAACAAGUGAAGAAAAACACCCCAUCUUAUGGAAUUGGUCCCAAGAGUUCCUUAAAUGUGAUGCUGUAGGAAAAUGCACCCCUGAUAGGCAAAAUCUACUUGCCAUGUUCCAAGCUCAGAAAGGUGCUAAGAUGAACAAGUCACCUUAGUCCCUUUUAUUCUGAAAAUAUGAAGAUAUAAAUACGAGAAAGCUCCUCGUGCACGUUAGUUCAAUCGUGCUUUCGGUGACAAUAUAUCAACCCGCAGCAGUAUAUAAGUAUGAAUGAUAAAUAUUCGCAUAUUUAUGUGUUGAGAGUAUCAACUUGAUUAAUAAGGAGAUUAGUUUACGCUGCCUUAUGCUAGAAGAAUAAAUUGCUGUAUUCCCAUGCGUUUAGUCUUAUAUUGGCUAAAUACAUGGACCCUUGCAUGCCUAUA